AUGGCUGCAGCUCUAAAUCAAGUUCCAGAGCAAGGCCAGCAAACGGAACCCGAGGAUUAUGUUGUUCUCAAGACCGGCGUAGCCCCCACGGCAUCUGGAUCCGCCUACAUGGAAAUCGAGCCCCCUCAGCUUCAGGCCAAUCCUAUAGCAAAUGCCAAUGGCAUGAAGCUCAUUUGCACCGUUCACGGACCUCGUUCCCUUCCCCGGUCCGCACCCUUCUCACCUUACCUGGUUCUCUCCACACACGUCAAGUACGCACCGUUUGCUACUCGUCAACGCCGUGGAUACCUGCGCGACUCGAGCGAAAGAGACCUAAGUGUCCAUCUCGACACUGCUCUACGUGGGGCCAUUAUUGCUGACAGAUGGCCCAAGAGUGGCGUUGACGUCAUUGUCACCAUCAUCGAGGGGGAUCAAGAGCGAGAGCUCUCUUAUUCCCAAGGUAAUGAACAGUGGGACGUAAUGAACGUUUUGAGUGGCUGCAUCACGGUUGCGGCUGCCGCUCUAACUGACGCUGGGAUUGACUGUGUGGACAUGGUAACUGGAGGCGUUGCUGCAGUUGUAGGUGAAGCGGCCGGCGACCUGUCGGCAACUUCAAUCGUCAUGGAUCCUGUUUCAUUCGACCACGAAAGAAUCUUGGCUGCUUGCUGUGUUGCCUAUCUGCCGAGCCGCGCCGAGAUGACCAAUCUAUGGCUCAAAGGUCAGCUUCCACCUUCUGAUCCUCUCCUUCAUACGAAGUUGGUGGAUCGAGCUAUUCAGGCGUCGAAAGGCAACUAUCGGGCGGUUUUAGAGAGGCUUCAGGAUCACCAGCCACCCCAAGGCUAG